GCCGCGCGUUUGCGUAUCCGCCCCCUUCUGUCCUGCUCCUCGCUCCCUCUCUCGCGCACACACAUGCACGUUCACGGAGAAUGAGAUGAGAAUGAGAUGAGAACAGUCAUGGAGGAGCUGAGCGCGGUGGGAGAGCAGGUCUUUGAUGCCGAGUGUAUUCUCAACAAACGCCUGAGGAAGGGCAAACUGGAGUAUCUGGUCAAGUGGAGAGGAUGGUCGUCCAAGCAUAACAGUUGGGAACCUCAGGAAAACCUUCUUGACCCGAGACUAUUGGCUGCGUUUAACAAGAGGGAGCAGGAGCGGGAACUCUUGAUCCGCAAAAAGGGGAAACGGCCUCGUGGACGACCCAGAAAAAUACUGGAAACCAUUCCAGCGGUGUCCAAAUCAAGCAGCUCGUCCUCAUCGUCCUCAUCUUCUGGUUCAUCAUCAUCUUCCUCGUCUUCUUCAUCUUCUUCAGAUGAUGACGAUGAUGAAGAUGAUGCCGACAGGAAUCCGAAGCCGAGCCCUCGUCCACGAGAGCACCAUCCGGUCCCUCAGAAGAAAGCCCAGAUCGUGGUAGCCAAGCCGGAACCGCCGAAGAAGAAGCGAGGGAGGAAAGCGAUUCCUCCAGAGCUUAAGGCGCAGCGUCAGGCCAAAGGUCCUCGGAAGAUUCUAAAGCCCAUUUCUAGAGACUCGGAGCUCCGAGGGAGCAUAAAGAAACCGCUCAUGCCUGCAAGCUUCACCUACACCGGUUUGAACCGAAACUCUGGAAGGGAGCCGAUGGCAUUGCAGAACAGAGGUUCUUUUACCCAAAAGAGUUCCUUAAGUUCUUUGGGACGCUCUGUCGGAUCUGCCUCGUCGCCUACUACGUUGAGUCGGCCUCCGCAAUCCAAAACCGCUUCGGAUUUCAAGCUCUCCGUCUCGGAUAUGAGCAGUGGAGGCGUUGACCCCAAAACACCCACGUGCAAAUCUCCAGGAGUGGCUGCGUUGAAUAUUCACAGCAGCAAUGGACAGACAUGUCCACAACUUUCUCCGAAUGUCCCGAAGCCCUCAGAUCAGACUCUACUUCAAAGAUCAGGAUCUCUUCAGAAAUCCCCAUCAAGCUCGUUUUCCUCUCUUAAAACUCCCUCCAGCCUUCAAGCUCUCAAUCUGCAGAGCGUCAACAAAACGGCUCAGGGUAAUGGGAACUCCACAAACGACGGUUCCUACUUGAAGAGCACCUCCACGCCUAGUAGAAAAAGCUCUGGGUUUAAUGCAAGACACGAACAGAGCCCCGCACCGAAUACGCCAAGUAAAUUCCCAACUAAUCAACAAGUCCUUAAGAGUCCACAACGGGAUAAAUCCAAAGCGGACGAUUUGUCUGAAAGACUCGGGAAGAAAAAUCAAGGUAGAGCGGAGAAGAUUCUGGUUCCGACAUCCGAGGGCCGAGAUCAAUCAGCGCAAGACAGAUCCUCGUCUAAAGACGCCGGGAAACCAAGCAAGACCCUAAGUGAGUUGAGCACCGGAGAAGAGGGAACCAGCUCGGAUUCUGACCAGGAUUCCUCAUUUCCGAGCGUCAACCGUGACUUGGCCAUCUCGGUGCAGGCGGGUCAGGACUGGAGGCCGACACGAAGCCUGAUUGAACACGUGUUUGUCACCGACGUCACUGCAAACCUGGUCACCGUAACGGUGAAGGAGUCGCCCACCAGCGUUGGGUUUUUUAGCAUCCGCAAUUAUUGAAUGUCGACAACUGGAACUGCUGCCACUCUGGGAUAAUCGGGAGAAGUUUCGAAGGAAUCAAAGGAACUGUUUGGUGCUUCUCGAUCUUUGGAUUUUACUGUUUUUUACUUGUUUUAACUCAAAAUCACACUGUUUGUAGUUGGUCAGUUUUGGAGUUCUUUAUAGGAGAAGUCCACUUCCAGAACAAAGAUUUACAGAUAAUGUAUUCACCCCCAUGUCAUCCAAGAUGUUCACGUCUUUCCUUCUUCAGUCGUGAAGAAAUAGUUUUUUGAGAAACAUUUCAGCAUUUUUCUCCAUAUAAUGGACUGAUAUGGGGCCCUGAGUUUGAGCUUCUAAAAUGCAGUUUAAAUGUGGCUUCAAACGAUCCUAAAUGCGGUUGUAAACACAUCCCAGCCGAGGAAGAAGGGUCUCAUCUAGCGAAACGAUCGGUUAUUUUCAUAAAAAUUAUACAAUUUAUGUAUUUUUUUAAUGUCACUUGUCUUGUCUUACUUUGCCUUGACUGUUUUUGUUCCGGUUCAUGACAGUUAGUGUAUGUCGAAAAACUCCCAUCUCAUGUUCUCCCUCAACUUCAAAAACAUGCUAUAUUACUGUUUCACCUUUUUUCUUAAGGGUGUUUGAUCUUCUUUGUAUGUUCACUUUGCAAAGACUGGGCCGGUACUUCUGCUGUGACGCAGGAUGAUUUUGAAAUGAUUCUUGAAGUUGAGGGAGAAAAUACGAUCUGAGUUUUUGACAUACCCUAACUGUCUUGAGCCAGAAUACACAGAGUUCAGGCAGAGCAAGACAAGACGAGCGUUUGAGAUUAAAAAGUAUUUAAAUUGUAUUUUUUUUAAAA